UUGCAAAAAUGCAGAUGGUGUGGAGUUCUACAAUGAGAUCAACCUGUAUGCCAGGGUCAACUCCAAGCCGGCCUGGCUCUCUGUGGACUUUGACAACUGGCGAGACUGGGAAGGGGACGAGGAGGUGGAAAGGGCCAUGAUGGAGGAAUACGCAGAGCUCCUGGAUAAGGUGACGGACAAAGGCCCCCCCCCAGCCAUGGAUGACCUG